AUGAAUCUUUCUUUGUACUUCUUCCUUAUCUUUCUCAUUUUUUUGGUCCUGGACCCACAGGUUGCGUUCUCUGUCACUUUCGCCGACGUCGUGCAAUGCGGAGUAGCCAAUGUUUCGUUCACUGGCGAUGAACUUGCUGCCGUUGCUGCAGGCUCUGCAGUCCUGACUAUCCUCCCCUUCGACUCGUACCCCGUCUCAAUUCCUAUCCCAACUCCCUCCGCGAAUGCAAAGGGCGUAUCUGUAUCAUUCAUACCUCUUUCUGCGGGCGCGUCGUUCAUAUCAUCACUCGAGGACGGCAACGGAAAUAACGUCGGGAAUGUCUCCGAGGUCAUGCGGAUACUCUCUUUCCCCAACGAUGCAACUAGCUGCCUACCAGCCGUCUCUCGGUCGAGCCGUCGGUUUGCGUUGCACACACAACCAGCCCAAUGCCAAAACUUUACUGUCAGCUUCAAUGGGAUGGAUGAGCCGCCGUCAAUUUGGCUCUUUCCUCCCGGCGCUCAGGCGUACAGGCUCAGGAACGUCGAUGUGGAGCCUGGCCAAGGGAAAGCAACGUUUGUAAUGGCCGCCCAACGCGACACGGAAGCGGUCCUGUUAUUCACAGAUGCGUCAGGGUACAGAGAGACAAGCAACCUCUUCUCUGUCGGCGGUGACUUAGCCGAUACGAACUGUCUGGACCAUAGUUUGAAUGGAUUCAAUCAGACAAUGAUGGGGACCUCCGGUGCGCUUUCCGGAAGACCUGGAAUCCCAAGGGAAGCGAUAAUUGGAAUUGCUGCGGGCGCGGGUGGUCUUACCAUCUUGGUAGUCCUCUUGAUGAUAUUUUAUAUCAUCCGAGACCGCCGCAAGAAGCACGUACAGGAAAUUACGUUCCACGAUGCCCCGCCAGAGAACUGGCAGUCAGUGAAAUUACCACCAACACCGCCCACCGCUGUCUCCUUCUCGCAACCGCUCAUUAGAAACCCGCCGUACGUCCGGGAAAAAUACGCAUCUUCAUUGUUCAGUCCUCGUUCGACAUUCACUUCAUGGUCUCUCAUUUCUGCCGCCGAUCCUACCUUGUCGCGAUCAUCUUCCAAUCAAGCCACCAUCGGUAGUAAACCCGGAACGAGUCCCGGGGAUGAGGAAUCUCUCGGCCGCUCCUCCCUUUCCUCCACAGACAUCCGACAGAUCCUGGAUAUAGCUGGGAUGCGAGAACUGGAGGACACUCGGAAUUCGUCAUCGCCGUACUCCGCUCGGGCUUCCCACCUCUCCCUCGGCUCGAGUAUUGCAAAUUCACCCUUCGGCUUGCCAACCUCACGAAAGUCCUCCACGACUCUCAACCAGUUGACAGUCGGCGACAUCCCGUAUUCUUAUCCCGGUCGCAGUCGACGCUUCCCCGACGUACCAAGGGAAAUAUCAUCCCUGACAUUGUCCGCACUGUUCCCUGCUCCACCGGCUGACAUUCCGUCCCCAGUCUCACCUGUAGGGGCAACAUUCCCAGAAGGAUCUACCCCAGGCAUCGUAGUGCGAUCCCCUACCCCCGGCUUCAGGGCGUCGAUUGAACCAGACCCAUAUGUCGAGCCCCGGACGCCCACAGCCGUUAAACAGGAUGUGCCGACAGACUGUGGUGCGGACGGGUACCGACGGAAGUCUCUGAAUGACCCGUUGCCAGACAAGGACGCUAUUGCAACACAAAUCCUUGCAAAUGAGGGCCAAGGGGGAGCCGCCAGGGAUAGCAUAUGGUAUGGCGUUGCCCAGUAG